AUGCGCGCAAUCAGCCCGCUCUCGCUGAUCAGCGUUCUGACCGCCUUGGUCACAUUGCUCCUGGUGUUGUCGCCAUCGCAGGCGGUGGCCUCCCCUGUAUCGUCGGUCAAGAGGGCCACGUCCUCAAACUACUGGCUCGCAAACAUUAAGCGUCAAGGAUCCGUCGCAUACGGAAGCGACUCUUCUUACGCCGUUUACCGCAAUGUCAUGGACUACGGCGCCAAAGGUGAUGGGUCGACGGAUGAUACGGCAGCAAUCAACGCAGCGAUCUCGUCUGGCGGCCGAUGCGGCCUGGGCUGUGACAGCAGCACAGUUACGCCUGCUCUAGUCUACUUUCCUCCUGGUACAUACAUGGUCUCUCGACCUAUUGUCAUGUACUACUACACCCAGAUGGUUGGAGACGCGCUCAAUUUGCCUGUCCUGAAGGCUACUGCCGGUUUCCAAGGUAUGGCCGUCCUGGAUGCCGACCCUUACGAAAGCAAUGGCGCGAACUGGUACACUAAUCAGAAUAAUUUCUUCCGUCAGGUGCGUAAUUUCAAGAUAGACUUGACCGGUAUGCCUCAAACAGCUGGAGCGGGUAUCCACUGGCAAGUUGCUCAAGCCACAUCGCUCCAAAACAUCGUUUUCAACAUGAUCCCUGGCUCUGCCUCCAAGCAGGUCGGCAUCUUCAUGGACAACGGCUCUGGUGGCUUCAUGAGUGACUUGGUCUUCAACGGUGGCAACUAUGGUGCGUUUUUGGGCAACCAGCAAUUCACCUCCCGCAACUGGACCUUCAACAACUGCAACACGGCGAUCUUUAUGAACUGGAACUGGGCAUGGACCUUGAAGUCGGUCUCGAUCAACAACUGUGCCGUCGGUCUCGACAUGUCUAACGGAGGGUCUUCAAACAUUCUGAUCGGUUCUGUUAUCCUCAUGGACUCCAAGUUGACAAACACACCCAUUGGUGUCAAGACCUCGUUCACCUCGAACAGCUCUCCCAACACUGCCGGUACUCUCAUCAUCGACAAUGUUGACUUCUCCGGCUCGACCACCGCUGUCGCUGCCGCUGACGGCAGCUCUAUCCUCGCUGGUGGCAAGACUGUCACGUCAUGGGGUGAGGGACGUCAAUACUCCGGCACAACCGGUUCUCGCGUUCAGGGUGCUCUUGCCGCGCCGUCCAAGCCUGCUGCCCUACUCGAUGCUUCUGGCAAGUUUUUCGAGCGUUCUAAGCCGCAGUACGAGAACCUGCCCGCCAGUGCUUUCAUCAGCGUCAAGACAUUCGGUGCUAAGGGCGAUGGUGUCACCGACGACACUGCCGCUAUUCAGAAGGCCAUGGCUGGUACUGCCUCCAACCAGAUCCUCUACUUCGACCAUGGUGCCUACGUUGUCAGCAAGACCAUCAGUGUUCCCAACAAGAUCAAGAUGACUGGUGAGAUCUGGCCUCUGAUCAUGGCCACUGGUAGUUUCUUUGCCAACCCUAGCAACCCUCAGCCCGUUUUCGAUAUUGGCAGGGCUGGUGAGGCUGGUGCGGUAGAGAUCACAGACCUUAUGUUCCAGACAAAGGGCGCAGCUCCUGGAGCUAUCAUGCUGAAGUGGAACAUGGCUUCCGCCCAAGGCGCUUCGGGCAUCUGGGAUGCCCACGUUCGUAUUGGUGGAAGUGCUGGAACCCAAUUGCAGAGCGACAAGUGUUCCAAGAACCCCUCAUCGACAGCUGUCAACACCGCUUGCGAGGGUGCCUACAUGCUCUUCUGGGCUGGCACCAAGUCCGCCGGUGUCUACCUCGAGAAUACCUGGUUUUGGGUUGCUGACCACGAGCUUGACCUUCCUGACCACAAUCAGAUCAACAUCUACAACGGUCGUGGUGUCUACAUCGAAUCUCAAGGUCCUGUCUGGCUGUACGGUACUUCCUCGGAGCACAACGUGUUCUACAACUACGAAGUGCGCAACGCCAAGAACAUCUUCAUGGGUAUGAUUCAGUCCGAGACUCCAUACUUCCAGUCCAACCCCAAGGCCCCUGCCCCCUUCGUGCCUCAACGCCCUUCGGAUCCCACAUUCUCGAUCUGCUCCUCCCAGAACCCUUCAGCACCUUGCUACAAGUCCUGGGGCCUUCGUGUCAUCGACAGCACCAAUGUCUUCAUCCAUGGCCUUGGUUUGUACUCUUUCUUCGAGAACUACAGCCAGGAUUGUGUCGCCACGAACAAUUGCCAGCAAAACAUGAUUGGUCUUCAAGGUGUCAACAACAACCUCAACAUGUAUGCCGUCACCACAAAGGCAUCUGUCAACAUGAUCACCUUGGACAACGGCAUGGCCGCUGCUCUCGAUGCAGACAACAGAAACGUCUUUGGCGCCACUGUUGCCUACUACCGCAGAGGUGGUUCCACCGCACGCGAUUGCGACGACGAGGACGAAGAAGUUGACCAAUGA